AUGACAGCGCUGACCUCGCUCUCGUUCUCUCUCCUGCUCCUGGGUUUAAUCUCCUCCUCUCCUAUCACCAGGAAGAAGAAGAGCUUCAACAAACUGCUGAUGGUUUCCUUCGACGGGUUCCGCUGGGACUACGACCGGGACGUCGACACCCCGAACAUGGAUCGGCUGGCGAAGGAGGGGGUGAAGGCUAAAUACAUCACCCCGCCCUUCGUCACGAUGACCUCUCCAUCCCAUUUCACCACCAUCUCCGGACGCUGGAUCGAAGACCACGGAGUCAUUCACAACAUGAUGUUUAACACGGAGACGCUGAGGAAAUUCUCCUAUAAAGCGACGCAGAACAAGACUGAGUGGUGGGACAAUGGGGUGUUGCCCCUGUGGAUUACAGCCCAGAAGCAGGGGAGGAAAACGGCCUCGUUUCAUUACCCGGGCGGAGGCGCUAACUACAGCGGCGAGGCCGUCCAGAGGUCCCUGGUGGAGUCUUUCACUCACCCGGACAGCAACGAGACGGAGUGGCGGGAGAACAUCGACAUCGUUAUGAACUGGUUCGCCGAGGAGGGAUUCGAUUUGGUGACCCUCUACUACGGCGAGCCCGACAACGUGGGACACGCGGUGGGCCCGGAAACAGAACAAAGACGGCUUAUAAUCCAACAGAUUGAUCGAACCAUUGGCUACCUGGUAGACGCUAUCGAGAGGGCUGGCUUGAAGGACAGGCUUAACGUCAUCGUCACGUCAGAUCACGGAAUGACCACGGUCAAAAAGCAGCCUGAGGUCAGCGAAAUUCAAUUAUCCAACUACAUCCAGUUCAAGGACCUGGUGAAAUUCGAUAUAGUGGAUUAUGGAGGCUUUGGCAUGAUUCUGCCCAAACCGGGGAAGGAAGAGAGCAUUUACCAGGCUUUAAAAAACGCGCACCCCAACUUACACGUGUACAAGAAAGAAGAUUUUCCGGAGCGUUUCCAUUUUGCCAGGCAUGACCGGGUUCUGCCAAUCUUGCUUUAUGGUGAUUCUGGUUACAGUGUCAAUGGGCGGUUUAUACUCUAUGUCAACAAAGGGGAUCAUGGAUUCGAUAACGCGGGCAUGGACAUGAAGACAAUAUUCCGAGCUUUUGGACCAGAUUUCAAGAAAGAUCACUUGACUGAACCCUUCGACAGCAUCCACAUUUACCCGCUGAUGUGCAAACUCCUGGGCGUCAUCCCGGAACCGCACAAUGGAUCUCUUGCCGUCACUCAGAACAUGCUUUCGGACACUUUCGGUCAGCAGUCGGGAUCGCGGGGCAUCCUCGCUCCCUUCCUUCUGAAGCCGGCCCCGGUCCAGGAGGUAGCCCACUCCUAA